AUGGAUGAUAGAGUUGUAUUGAAGAUUUAUUAUUACGGACAGAUCUUAUUACAAACAUAUGAGGGAGUUCAAUUUGUGUGUGAAAAUCCAUUAGAUGUUGUUAUUCCGUUCACAUUGUCAUUUGAGGAGUUGAAAGGUGUGAUUUGUGAGAAGAUAGGCACUCAAAGAUGUAGGAGGAUAUCGUGUAUUUUGUACAGGUAUCCUUUACCUGUGUUUGGUGGGUUUGUUCAAUUUCAGACCAAGUAUGUGAUGGACGAAGCGAGUAUGCAGGAAAUGUUUUCAAUGUACAUGGAAAAUCGCCACCGAAUGUCGUGCAUCGAGUUAUAUAUUGAGUUUGAGCAAUCUGAAGCGGACCGUAACAUUGAAUUGGAAGAUUAUAAUAGUGAAAGCGAAGAUGAAUUUGAAAGUAACUAUGAGAUCGUCAGUCCAGGUGAGGACGAAGAAGCAGCUGUUGGCGCCAUGAACGCAAAUGUGGCGGAAGUUGCAAAUGUACUAGCAAACCCGCAUCCGUUUCAAGAGCCUUAUUUCAUGCGGUCGUUGGAUUUGGGGGCUAUGCAGGAGUUUUCACAAUAUAUGAAUCCAGCCCCUCCUGUUGUGGCGGAUGGUGAGUUCACAGUGGGGAUGGAAUUCAGCUCAAGGGAGGCAGUAAUCAAGGCAAUGAAAGAUUAUACCAUCUGGAGAGGUGUGGACUAUCGGGUAUAUGAGUCGGAACCGACGACAUUCUAUGCCAAAUGUAUAGAAUAUGGGAAUGGUUGUGACUGGUUGAUCAGGGUAACCAAAAUGCAAAAGAAGUACUGUUGGGAGAUAAGGAGGUACAAUGGAAGUCAUACUUGUACCAGGUCUACUAUUUCUCAAGACCAUUCGAAGCUGGAUUCCAAGACAGUUGCAGAAGCAAUAAAGCCGUUGGUAGAGGUUGACCCGUCUAUAAAGGUGAAAUCAGUAAUUGCUGAUAUCCGGUCAAAGUUUAACUACACCAUCAGUUAUCGCAAGACUUGGUUAGCAAAGCAGCAGACGGUCGAAUUAAUUUUCGGAAGUUGGGAAGCAUCGUAUGAAGCUUUGCCGAUAUGGUUUGAGGCCAUGUGCCACAAAGAGCCAUCAGCAGUGGUUCACUUUGAAACAAUGCCAGCUUACCAGGGGAUGAUUUGGUUCCUGAUAUACGUGUUCUACAUAGAGUCUUCUGGAGUUAUUACCCCUGUAUAA